AUGAGUUCUUUCUUCAAAAAGCCUUCGUGGGCAAAGCAAACGGAAGCCGACACUGAAUUUUACCGGCGCUCCAAACAGACAUAUUCAGAUAUCAUUGCGGCACAUCGAGAGGCACACCAGCACCCAAAGAAAACGGACAGUCUCCCAGAGGAACCGAAGAAGCGGCGUCGAAUCUCCGAUGAGGAAAAGGUUGUCCAUGAGCCGAAGGAUCCAGAUAAUGGAGAAUGCAUCCCGAACCCACAGCUCUCCAGCUCCCCAAACCACUCUUCUCCUGGACCAAUCGAUCGUGAGACCACCCAAAGCCACAGCCCAGAGAUCUCUUCGUUUGUGCCACCUGCAAAGGUCGAAUCCCCUAAAGCUCCAGUCUCGCAACGCGUCCCAACUAUUCCACAUACUGAAACACCGAGUCCUCCGGUUCAACCAAGCACACCAAUUGAGGACCCGAUCGUUCAAAUCAUGAUCUCAUCAGAAAUCGAGAACACAACCCCACUUCUUGUACAUCGCAAGAUGUCACAGGGUCUAAAAGAGGUGCGUUUGGCAUGGUGUAACCGCCAGGAUUUUGCGCCAGAGACACACCCAUCGAUCUAUCUGACCUGGAAGGGCCGUCGGCUGUUUGAUGUGACGACUUGCAGGAGUCUUGGACUCCAGGCUCGAAAGUCUAUGGCGCUUCUCAGCAUUGAUGACGACCCUCUCGCCGAACAGGAACCACUCCGCAUACAUUUAGAAGCCGUGACUGAAGGGCCUAUAUUGACCAAUCGACCGAGCACGUCUGAUAACAAGCCUCACUCACAGGACGAGCCAAAGAAGCUGAUUCUGAGGAGUCCUGGGCUUGAAGACUUCAAGAUCAAAGCCAGGCAGAAGACCCUCAUCUCGCGACUCAUAUCUGCCUUCCGAGACAAGCAAAACAUCCCCAGCGAUCACUCCGUUACCCUUGUAUUUGACGGUGACAACCUUCCUCCGGACUCCUGCCUGGGCGAUCAUGACAUUGACAAUCUAGAUCUGGUUGAUGUCAUGAUUAGACCAGGUGUCUAG